AGCGUGAAGGACUACUUCGCCGCGGCGAAGGAGGUUGUCAAGCCCGACGGGGGCCCGCCGAGGUGGUUCUGCCCCGCUGAGUGCGGGCGGCCCAUUGAGGAUGCCCCCGUGCUCUUCUUUCUCCCUGGUAUUGAUGGCACUGGGAUGGGGCUCAUUUUGCAUCACAAGUCUCUUGGAAAGUCUGGUGAAUUUUGUUGAGAACUCAGUGAAGAAUGAGCAUGCUCUCUCUCCUAAUAGACCAAUUUAUCUCAUUGGAGACUCCUUUGGAGGAUGCCUAUCACUUGCUGUUGCUGCUCGAAACCCUUCUGUCGACCUUGUGCUAGUACUAGUGAAUCCAGCAACAUCAUUUGGAAAUUCACAACUGCAGCCUUUUCUCCCAGUGUUGGAGGCCUUGCCAGAUGAUAUUCACACUGCAGUUCCUUAUGUCCUUAGCUUCAUCAUGGGAGAUCCUGUGAAGAUGGCAAUGGCGAACGUUGAUGAUGAUCUCCCCCCUCCUCGAACACUGGAGGAAAUAUCAAAAAGCCUCACUUCUUUAUUACCUCUUCUUUCAGACUUCAACGAUAUUUUACCAAAGGAUACACUUAUGUGGAAGCUCAAGCUUCUUAAAUCAGGUACCGCUUAUGCCAAUUCUCGACUACAUGCUGUAGAAGCGGAGGUUUUAAUGCUCGCCAGCGGAAAGGAUAACCUGCUCCCAAGUGGAGAAGAAGCUGACAGGCUGUGGACAAAAUUAAAGAAUUGCAGAAUUCGCUACUUUAAGGAUAGUGGCCACACUCUUCUAUUGGAAGACGGCUUCAACCUCUUAUCCGUUAUCAAACGAACAACUAUAUACCGCCGUUCUAAGCAGCAUGACUUUGUUACUGAUUAUCUUCCUCCUACUAAAACUGAUUUCAGAAAACAUAUUGACCAAGAUAAUAGACUAUUUCGCCUUGCAACAAGUGCAGUUACACUUUCCACUCUAGAAAGUGGGCGGAUAGUGAAAGGUCUUGCUGGGGUCCCCGAUGAAGGACCAGUUCUGUUAGUUGGUUAUCAUAUGUUGUAUGGCCUUGAGCUUGACCCUCUUUACGAAGCCUUCUUGAGGGAGAAAAAUGUAAUUGUACGUGGCAUGGCACACCCAAUUUUGUUUCGAUCAUCUGAAAAUUCACGGACUGAGCUCUCUCGCUUUGAUCUCUUGCUGAGCUUCGGUGCUUUGCCUGUGUCUCCUGUAAACUUGUAUAGGCUGUUUGCCAAGAAGUCAUUUGUUCUCCUAUAUCCAGGGGGUGCUCGUGAAGCUCUACAUCGAAAGGGUGAAGAGUACAAAUUGUUUUGGCCAGAUCAACCUGAAUUUGUGAGGAUGGCUGCAAGAUUUGGGGCCACAAUUGUUCCAUUUGGAGUUGUUGGAGAAGAUGACUUAGUAGAGCUCGUUCUUGAUUAUAACGACCAAACAAAUAUCCCAUUCUUCAGGGAAUGGCUACAAAAUGUAAAUGAAGACUCCAUUAAAUUAAGGGAAAACAUGGAAGGGGAGGUCUCAAAACAAGAUUUUCAUUUUCCCGUCCUUUUACCAAAAUUGCCUGGGCGCUUCUAUUAUUUAUUCGGGAAGCCAUUUGAGACAAAAGAGAAGAAAGAGCUCUUGAAAGAUAGAGAGAGUGCAAGAGAAGCAUAUAUGCAGAUUAAAUCAGAGAUUGAGGGCAUAUUUUCAUAUUUGAAGACGAAAAGAGAGGAAGAUCCAUAUAGAGGUAUUGUACAAAGAACAAUAUAUCACACGUCUAGGGGUUCCUGGUCUCAAGCACCAAGCUUCGAUCCCUGACGCCAAAGUUUCGAAAUUACUGCAAAAUAUAACGGAGAACCCGCAUCGUUAUGAUAGUAGAAAUUUGACAGUUUCGAAAUUGAUAGUUUUUCGAAAGGUUUCCAUAGCGACGAAAGGGGUAAUCUAAUCGAAGAAUGAGUGUCAGAGCCAAGGUAUGACUAUAGUUGUUCAGUAGGAUUUGUUAUAGAUUGAAAAGGAGAAUGCUUAUUUGUUCGUUGUAUUAAAGAACGAAAGUUGAUUCUUUGGAAAUUCAAUGAAUCAAUUUGUGAACCAAAGGCAAUUUUUUCUCCACU